CCAAUAUAUUUGUUGUUUUUUUAAUUACAAUAAAAAAUGUUGGAUCGGUAUGAAGCAGUUGAAGAAUUGUUGGAGAGAAUUGAUCACAUUGUAGAAGAAAACCACCUGGAACGAAUACGAAAGCGGUAUAUUCGUGAUAUGGAAAAUCCAAUGGAAUUUUACCAGGAUGUUGAAUUUCGUAGGCGGUAUCGUUUCAAUAAAGAUACUGUUGCAGAUACCAUUCUGCCUCUGGUAUUUGAAGAUCUACGAAAACCAGACAAUCGUGGUUUACCCAUACCUCCAAUGUUACAGUUAUUAACUUGUUUAAGAUGUUAUGCUACUUGUAAUUUUCAGCUUGUAUCUGGUGAUUUGCGGGGUGUUAGUCAAGCGGCCAUAAGCAGAAUCAUUAAAAAGGUAUCAGUAUUAUUAGCUCAAAGUUUAAAUCGUUUUGUAGGGUUUCCCCAUACUGGACAAGGAUUUCGGAGGAACAUAACCAGCUUUUACGAGGUUGCCCAUUUUCCAAAUGUUUCUGGGUGUAUUGAUUGCACCCAUAUUAAAAUAGCUAAUCCAGGUGGUAAUAAUGGGGAAGUAUUUCGUAAUAGAAAAGGCUUUUUUUCACUAAAUGUGCAGGUUGUUUCAGGUCCUAGAAGGGAAAUUAUGGAUAUUGUUGUUCGACAUCCAGGAUCAAGUCAUGACAGUCUGAUAUUCGAUAGAAGCGCAUUGAGGGUUAGGAUGGAAAGAGGAGAAAUUCCAGGCUUAUUAGUAGGUGACAGUGGAUAUCCAUGCAGGCGCUAUCUCCUUACACCAGUAUUACAUCCAGGUAAUGAUCAGGAAAAUAGGUAUAAUAGCGCACAUAUAAGCACAAGAAAUAUUGUUGAAAGGCUGUUUGGAACAUGGAAAAGGCGGUUUCCUUGUCUACAACAAGGCCUAAAAACCAAAUUGAACACGUCCCUUGCCAUAAUAUGUGCUACGGCAGUACUUCACAAUAUAGGUCUACAGGAAAAUGAUAAUGAAGAUGAUGCUAUUGUAGAAAAUAUUGAUGUGCCAGAUAAUAGGAAUGUUAAUGAUGUGGAACGAGGUCUAAAUUUUAGGAGACAAUUUAUUCAACAACAUUUUGCUUGA